UACUUAGUUAUCCGACUUUUUCAUUCCUGUUUGAAAACUUCCACUGCAACUUCAUUCUUUGUUUGUUUGAUCAUUGUAUUUAUUUAAAAUUUCUCAUUUUUGAACCCUCGAAAUUCCGAAGGUUGGUAGCUUUGGCUUUCAACCCCUCAUAACCUCAAACCGGCAAUUUUCAAAAUAAUGUGAUAAAAAUGUCGAAUAAACUAACCCGUUACGAAAAAAUCGAGUUUCUGGGCGAGGGCCAAUUCGCCACGGUGUACAAAGCCCGCGAUGUAGAGACCGACAACAUCGUCGCAGUGAAAAAAAUCAAAAUGGGGAGUCGUCAAGAGGCCCAAGACGGCAUCAACCGAACAGCCCUUCGCGAAAUCAAACUCUUACAAGAACUGCACCACCGCAACGUAAUCGGCCUCUUGGACGUCUUCGGACACAUGUCCAACGUGUCCCUUGUGUUUGAUUUCAUGGACACGGAUUUGGAAGUUAUAAUAAAAGACAACACGAUUAUUUUAACAACUGGCAACAUAAAAGCCUACAUUAUUCAAACGCUGCAAGGGCUGGACUACUUGCACCGAAACUGGGUCCUUCACCGGGACCUCAAGCCCAACAACCUUCUGGUGAACUCCAACGGCGUGCUCAAAAUCGGCGAUUUCGGGCUUGCGAAGCUCUACGGCUCCCCAAACCGCAUCAACACGCACCAGGUGGUCACCAGGUGGUACAGGUGCCCCGAGCUGCUCUUCGGGGCAAAGUUGUACAGCACGGGGGUGGACAUGUGGGCUGUGGGGUGCAUCCUCGCGGAGCUCCUCCUGCGAGUGCCCUUGUUUCCUGGCGAGUCGGACCUGGACCAGCUGACCAAAAUUUUCGCAGUUUUUGGAAAUCCGACCGAGGAGAAUUGGCCGGGGCUGAAGAGUUUGUCCGAUUACGUCGAAUUUAAGCCGUUUACGCCGAUUCCGUUGAAGAAUAUUUUCACAGCCGCCGGUGAUGAUCUGCUUGAUGUCUUGGAGGGGCUUUUGGUGUUGAAUCCGUUGAAGCGGUUCGAGUGCAGCAAGUGUUUGGCGAUGCCGUUUUUCAGUAAUAAACCGGCGCCGACGCCGGGAUCCAAGUUGCCGUUGCCUCAAAACAUCAGAAAAACUGAAGUGGAAAGGCCUACUUUGAAGAGGAAGCUGCUGGAUGCGGUGGAGGGAGGGUCGCUAUCUAAACGAUUGUUUUUCUAAUUUUUUUGUAAAUAAAUUAUUUUUUAGUAAAUAAGAA